AUGCAAUCAUUCUUACAUUUGUUGCGUCAAACCAGUAUGAACCACACAUUAUCCACCGUUUUUAUAUUAUUAUCAAAUUGUCAGUCGAUUGAUCAAGAAAUCAACAUACUUCGAGAGCAAAAAGAAAAUGCCAUAUGUGAAUGUGCUAAAUUAAAAACACAGUUAGAACAAAAAGAAUGUACGUUGAAACAGUUAAGAGAAAAAGUUGAAGAAAUGCAAGUCUUAAAUAAGAAACACGAUAAUCAAUUACGUGAACAAAUGAGAUCAGUGUUGAUGAAUUUACAAAUAGAACAAGCUGCUACGAAAGAUGCAUCUCUAGAGAUUGAAAGGCUUAAUGUUCAGCUGCAUGUCAGUAAAAAAUCCUACUAUGAGCUUGAACCGAGAUUGAAUCAAGAAAGAGCUGUUUGGGGAAUCAAAGAGGAUAAUUACCACGGGGAAUUGCAGUUGAGUGAAACAGCAAAAACAGAAAUAAAUGAUUUGCUAGUACAUUUAAAAUGUGAUGUCAGUAAAUCAAAUAUAUCAUCAGUAGACUACAAUUCACAUUCCAAAUAA